GUGUUUUUCAGUAUUUGAACAGUAUGAAGUAUGGGAAACGCUGGAAAGCUCUGAAAGCUCUGAUGGAAUCUCUUAGAAUCCCUGUGAACUCUUGGAAUCUCCUGUAGAUUUCUUAAACCUGCUAGAAAUCUCUGGGAAUUUAUUGAGAACCACUGACACAUUUGAUGUACUGAAGAGGUUUCAAGAUAUUUAUCCCAGGAAGUUCUUGGAUGUUCUGUUAUUCAUGUGAGCAUUUCUUUAUUCAAAUUCAAACUAACUGAAUAAGUGUCAAAGGACAUUUCAAAAAAUAUAAGUAAAUGACUGAUCCCACCCGCAGAUUUUUAAAUUUAUAGAUCAUCCAAUAAGUUCAACUGGAUCUCUAUGUGUAUUUGCAGAAUGGAUUAUUAGGAUUUUUAGUUUGAAGUCCUGUAACCAAGGGUGUUAUUGAGUUCAGGGCAGAAACAUCUGAAAAUAUUAAUAACUGUUAUUACAAAAACGAUCUGAAAAUAGUUACAAUAUUAGAAUGUGAUCAUCAGUUAAAGCAAUUUCUAAUAGAUUUUAUUUAUCAGUCUCGAACAUUUUAAUCUUCAUGAUGGCCUCCUUCUAAGAGCCCCACUAAUCAAAUUAGAUAACUCGUUAUUCAAUCUACACAUAACUUAUCGCGAACAUCUGUCGAAUCCAGCACACCUUUUCGCUUCAAUUCCCAUACAGCACCGUUUGCUGUGAAUUCUAGCUGUACCGAUUAUCGCAAAUUGAUUUGAUUUGCGCCCGGUCAAAACGCGAUCCAAUCAUCGGACACAAAUCAAUUACGAUCGCCCCAUUCGAAUCCCCUAUUAUCAGCCGCAAAUCGACCCCGAAACCCACAUUCAUAGUCCCGAAAGUCUUCCCGAUCGCGUUUUCCAUAUGUGUGCUCAUGAAUCCUAUACGAGUGGUAUGCAAAGCAAGAGUAUGUUUUCCGUCAAUUAUUCUAGCUCUUUAACGCCUCGCGAUCACGACCACGAUCGCGUCAAAAUCAGUCAGUAUCGGCGCCCGGGAUUUGGAGAAAUGGCACACACAGGUGAAAGAGAGAUCUCGCACAUCCGUUAUGGCGGUCGUCCCGAGGGAAGAUUUGCGGCCGCGUCAGUGUUUUUCCACAUCUCGAUCAGUGCACAUGAUCUAUCAGAGAGGCCAGUAAGUAGACAAAGAACUAAGGUGUCAAGAGAGUGUAGAGCAAUCCGAUGAAGCAUCUCCUGGUGGUCGUCCUGUACGGGGCGUUCCUCUGUCUCCAGGGGGUGGUCCCCCAGGGAUUCUCCCGGCAGUCCUUGAUCGAGGUCAACGCCAGCGAGUUCAACGAGUUUGACAUCGAGCACUUUACGCUGAAAAUCGAACAGCUGGACAUGCGGAUGAUGCGGUUUGAGUUGAACAUCCAGAAGAAGGUGGACACGGUGUCGAGUUUGCUGCAGAACCUGGUGCACGUGAUCGAUAACUUGGCGUGGCACAUCUCGGAAACGGAACGAUCGGCCAACACUGCCGAACAUCAGCUGAGGGUGAUCGCCAAAAAUUUGACCCUGCUGCACAAGGAGAUGAGGGAUCUUGCCAUAGCUCAGCAGCGACUUCCGACGCGAGGCUACUUCGAUGACGCCAUGAUGAUGAUGAAGGCUACGGCCAAUUGCGACGGAAACGGAGAUCUGAUGCAGUUGGACCAAAUGCAGAGUCAAAUGAGUUUGCUUACGACGGAGAAGCCUCCGGCAAUUCUAGAAGCCUGCGAUCAGCUUCCGGAGGGUAGCCGUAGCGGAGUUUGGGACGUCCAACCGGACGGAGAGUUCAGCAAAGCGAUUCGGGUGUUCUGUGACAUGCAGUACGAGGGUGGCGGAUGGACCGUAUUCCAGUAUCGGUUCGAUGGGACGGUGAACUUCUACCGCGACUGGGACGAAUACCGGUUCGGGUUCGGCAAGAUGGAUGGCGGAGAGUUUUGGCUUGGAUUGGAACGUGUCCAUCAGCUGACCUAUUCUGCUCCGCACGAGUUGAUGAUCCUGCUAGAGGACUUUGACGGCAACGUGACCUAUGCCAACUUUGCGAACUUUGAAAUUGCUAGCGAGACGGAGCUCUAUAAGGUCACGAAGAUCGACGGAUACAACGGGACGGCUGGCGACUCGAUGAGCUACACUCUGGGAGCUUACUUCAGCACCUUCGAUGAGGACAACGAUACACACGAGGAGAACUGCUCCGUCAAGUACCACGGGGCGUGGUGGUACCGGAAUUGUCACUCCAGGUAAUGUACCCUUCAAGCACCUUCCACGACAAGACCUAAACCGUGUUCAAACUUUUCAGCAACCUCAACGGAAAAUACCUGCGCGGUAACAACGAAGAGUUUGGCGUGGGGAUGUCCUGGGCCAAGUUCCACGGCGUGGGCUACUCGCUGCGGAUGUCCCGGAUGAUGAUCCGGCGGAAGAACAUCAAGCGGAAAGCGGAGAUCGAAGGGAUGAUGGAGCUGAAGGACUCGCUGGCGAAGAUGUGAUCAGAGGGCACGGACCAACGAACAAAAGGAGGCGAGGAGAUGAGAAUGGGAUUAGGUGAAAUUCGGAAUGUACUUCACGUGUCGUGAGUCUUUCGGUAGAGUGUUUAGUAGGAAAUGAUUUUUUGUAAAAAUGAAAAUAGCUAAAAUAAAGUUUCGAUUGAAAAAGGAGGUAUCUGUGGACUAUCAUCAGAAUCCUUUCAUUUUUUUUAUAUCCGCGUUUUUUAGAAUCUUGGGAGAAUAUUGAAGGUUUUUUGAAUUGUUAGGCCCUCUGAAGAGCCUUCUAUCCAAAGGAAUACUGGAACUUUUCCAGAAUGCUGUAACAGAUUCCGGAGACAAAGGUUUCCGGGAAAAUCCUGGAAUGGUUUCCGUAAACAGUUCCUGGAGUAAUCUUGGGAAAUUUUUCUAAGAAAUCCAAGAAGGCAUGAGGAAUCUGGAAUGGUUGCCGGAGGAAUCCUGAAACAGUGUCUAGAGAAAUCCUAAAGCAGUUUCCGGAAGAAUCCAGAAAGAGUUUCGGGAGGAAUUCUGAACUGGUUUCCGGUGAAAUCCCGAAAUGCU